GCAAGAGCGAGAGGCGGGCGGGGGGACACGAGAGGAGGUCGCGGUUUUUUUUCUCUCCCCUCCCUUUUGAAAGGAGUUUGCAGAAAGCGGCUGGGUUUCUUCAGUCCCAGCCUGAGCGCUUCCUGAGCGGCCGAGAGCGAGGAGGAGGAGGACGACGCAGCAGUGUCUGGACAUCUUGAUUACGGCGAAAAUCUCUUUCUCUCCAGUUCCUGAGCGGGAAGCCCAGAGGCUGCCCAGGCGAGGUUAAGGAGCCAGAGUCGCCCAGCAGCCGCCACACACCCGCGAGGAGCAAUGGGCGCAGGGAGCUCUGCGGAGCAGCGGAGUCCGCAGGACGGGGCCACUGCAGCGGGAGAGUCCCUGCCCAGCAGCCCCGAGACAGAGGCGCCGACGGCGGCGCCGGCCGAGCCCGAGCAGUUGGAAGACCCCGCCAAGCUUUUACAGAAGAAUGGGCAGAUAUCCAGUCUUAAUGGAAUUGCAGAAGAGCAAGAGGAGCUCAACCUUAAGCCAGAGGAGCUGAAUGGACAACAGGCAGAAGGAAUCGUAGCGGACGUUGGACAAAGAGACGCUCCAAAUGUGAUUCUAAAAGAAGAGUCAGCUGAAAAUAUGGAGACCAAGACACCAGAAUCAGCUGAUAAAACAUAUGUUGAUGGUGACUCGAAGGACUCACCAGAUGCUGAUGAACAGUUGCCAACACCGGAAGAAAAAGCAGAAGAGCAGGAACUACCUGGAGAAUCGUCAUCUAACGAUGUUGGAUUUAAAAAAGUGUUUAAGUUUGUUGGAUUCAAAUUUACUGUUAGAAAGGAUAAGACUGAAAAAUCAGAACCUGUUCAGCUAUUGAAUGUAAAAACAGAUGAGACAGAAGUAACCACAAGUGGAGCUGGAGACUAUAAAGAAGUCAAAUUGGAGGUGGUAGAGGAAGCAAUAAAAAGUGAGGUGUCUCAUCCUGUAGAGAAGACUGAACAGCAAACUCAAACUGAACAAGUGAAGGAAGAAACUUCUUUUGAAAAGAUAAAAGAAAGCUCUGUGGAACCAAUUGAAGCAAGCAAGGAGGCAGAAAUUAAAAGUGACAGUAGCAAGUUGCUGGAGUCUCCAACAAGUCCAUUAGCUAAUGAAACAGCAUCGCCCCUAAGAAAGUUCUUUACUCAGGGAUGGGCUGGCUUUAGGAAAAAGACAAGCUUCAGGAAACCCAAAGAAGAUGGCCAACCUGUUGAGAAAGAAAAACAGGACCAAGAAAAAGAAAUGGCAGAAGAAGAAAAUGCUAUCAAAGAAGAACUAGAAAAAGAAAAAACAGUCCUAGAAAAGGAUGAAGCAGAAAUUUCAGUAGAACCUAUAGAUGAAACAGAGAAAAAAGAGACACAGAAAAGAGAAGAAGAUAAAAUGAGAGAUGUCUCAACAGAAACACACGAAGAAGAACCCAUUACGUCACCAUCACAAGAGUAUGUAAAAUGUGUAAACGAAGAAUCUGAGAUAUGUUUGACUGAGAAUAUUGGUCUAGCCUCCAAGGAAAAAUCAGAACCAGUGCAAGAAUGUCUACCAUCCCUAGAUCAGAGCUCACUUGCUCUGUCUGAGAAAAAACAUGCCACUCCCUUGGCAAAAAAAGUACUUGAGGAAAAAUCAGGCAUAUGUGAAUCAGCUUCUCCACUUGAAAUGGAAAAGACUGAAGAACAUUUUGAAAUGCUCGAAGACAAACUUGAACCAAAAGCUCCUCUGGCAACUGAAAGUUUUGAUGAAAUACCCACAACAUUUAACAAUGAUGUUAGCACCAUUGUGAAGAGGGAAGAGGUUAAAAUAAAUGAAAAAGAAGAAUUUACUAAUGAACAAUUAGUUGAGACAGAUGCUCAGACACAAAAAGGACAAUAUGAUGAUGAGCAGUUAAAAGUCAGAGAAACUGUACCUGUAGCAAUGAAUGAAGAGAUCAUGCAAACUGAACCAAACAGUGGAGAUGCAGCAACAUCUAAACCUCCUGAAAGCAUCACAAAUGAAGCUGAAUUGCUUUCAUCACAAGAAAGAGCUAAGAUACAGGGCAGCCCCUUAAAGAAGCUUUUUACAAGUACUAGCUUAAAGAAGUUGUCAGGAAAGAAAAAUAAAACAAAAAGAGAAGAAUCUAAGUCAGGAGAAUCAGUAGAACAAACACAACAAUUGUCUGAUUCUGCAGAAAGUCCUGAAGAACAAAAGGGAGAAAGUUCUGCCUCUUCCCCUGAAGAGACAAUAGAGCUGUCUUCUGCAGAAAAAGGUAUAGAUGUAGUACAGAUCACUGAAACUGAAGAUGGUGCUACUUCAGAUAUGGAGAAGAAACGAGAAAGUGUUACUCCUUGGGCAUCAUUUAAAAAGAUGGUAACUCCUAAGAAACGGGUCCGGAGACUUUCUGAAAGUGACAAAGAAGAAGAAGUUGACAAGGUCAAGAGUGCUACUCUUUCUUCAACUGAAAGUGCUCCUUGUGAAGAACAGGAAGAUAAUAAAGAAAAUGGCGAGGAGCAGAAGUUAGAAAAAAGUACAGAUGAACCCAAGAGAAAAGUUGAUACUUCAGUAUCAUGGGAAGCCUUAAUCUGUGUAGGUUCAUCUAAGAAAAGAGCUAGAAAAUCAUCAUCUUCUGAUGAAGAAGUAGGACAAAGACUUGCUCAAGAAGGGCAAAAAAUAGAAGAAAGUGGAGCUCAUAAAGAAACAGUCCCAGACAUGACCUUUACUAGCUCCCAGGAAAGUGAUCAAGGACAAGGAAAUUCCUCACCAGAACAAGCUGGAAGUCCGUCUGAAAGCGAGGGAGUUUCAACAUGGGAGUCCUUUAAAAGGCUAGUAACCCCAAGAAGAAAAUCUAAAACAAAGAUGGAAGACAGAACUGAAGAGGUGGCCACAGUUCCAAGUUCAGAACAUUCUGCUUCGGAUGGAGAUUCUGGAAAAGAAGAAUCUUGGGUUUCAUUUAAAAAAUUAAUGCCUGGUCGUAGGAAGAAGAAGUCAGAUGGAAUACCAGAGCAUGCUCCUGUUGAGGAAGUGGGAGAAGAAAUUACAGAAAACAUUGAAGAAGAUUAUGAUGUUCCAGCUGUUGUUCCUUUAUCAGAGUAUGAAGCUGCUGAACAAGAGAAAUUUGAAGCACAGAAGAAAAAAGAUGAUAUGAUUAAGAGAAUUUUGGAUGAAAGAACUGACAAGUCAAAAGAUGCUUUAGUAGAUGAACAGUCCAAUGAACAAUUAGUUCAUGCAGUUACUGUCACAGUUGUUGAAGGAGAAAGAGCAGUUACAAGUAUUGAAGAAAGGUCUCCAUCUUGGAUAUCUGCUGCUAUGACAGAGUCCAUUGAACAUGCAGACAAAGAGAAACAAACUGAGCAAACUUCUGAAACUGGAAUUGGAGAAGACAUAGCAAUAGCUACUAAACACGUGCCCGUAAUUAGGAAAGACAUUAGUGGUGACAUGAUAAUCAGUGAGAUGGAGUUAACUCCAGAAGCAAUUACAGCUCGAGAAGAAGCUUCAGGUGUUGAAGAAAUAACUGAAGUGUCCUGUGCUGAAGAGACAACUGAAAUGGUUUCAGCAGUUUCAAGAUUAAGUGAAUCCCCUGAUACAACAGAAAUAGCUACACCUGUCCAGGAAGUUGAAGGUCAGCAAAACCUAGAAGAAUUAAAUAAUCAGACCCAGGAAGUUCUACAAGAAGUUGCUGAAAGAGUUAAAUUUUCUGAUGAAGCACAACUGUUAAGUGAAAAAGUGUCAGAAAUAGCCAUUCAGUCAACAUCAGUAGAAAAAAGAAGGCAAGAAAUUAAUGUCAUGUUUCCAGAAGCUAAAUUGGCUGAUUCAUCCCUAAAGAUUGAAGAUCCUGAAGAGAUUGGAAUCCAAAUUAAUGAAGACACAGAAGGUGAUCACACUGUAGGUGAAGUUAAAGAAAGUGAUUUGAAGGAAAUGUUGGAGAAGAGUAGAGACUCAUGUGCUGAGAGGAAAGAGCAAGCGAAAGAAAGUUUACAUUUGGAUAUGUCUAAUGAAAGUGAAACUGAACAAGAAAAGCAUGAAGAAAUCACCAAAGAACAGAGAACUGAAGAGAAAUCUGAAGAGGAAGAUUUUGUCUUUAUUACAAUAACAGCUGGUGAAGAGCCAGAAAUAAAAGUUGGUGAAACUGGCAGAAAGCAACAACACAUACCUUUAGAAGCACUUUCAGAGGAAUCUGGAACUAUUGAUGCAGAAGAGGAAAUCACAGUGAAUUUAGAAGAAACAGCUCAUGGUAAGGUCACUGAAGAGGGUGUUACAGAAGUGGAUGAAUCAAUGAAAGGAAUCAAUGUAGAGAAGACAGAGUUCUCCCAGAAUCUUACGGAACUGGUGGCUGUACCUGAUCUAGAGUCAGGAAAUGCAGAAAUAAGAACAGAUGAAGUAAAGAAGGCUCUUAUGCUCAGUGAUGUAAAAGAUGCUGAGCAGUUUAUCCAACCCACAAAACCUGAAGAACUAGUGCCCGAAGUUCCAGUCCAGAGCCAGGCUAUUGAUGUUCCAGUUCAGAAUGUAGUUAAUGAAGUGAAUGCUCUGGAUAUAACCAAAGAUGUUACAAUUGGCUUAGAAACUAAAAGCACAGAACAAGUUGUGACUGGGGCAUAUUUACAGGACAAAGACUUACAGGACACGGAGGCCCUUUUAUACAAUGUAGAAACUGAAACUUCUGUGCAGAAAAUGGAACCUGGUACUCAUCUUCAGAAAGUAGAAAUAGAGAUCCCUGUAGAAAAUGUGAAAUCUAAGCCUCACCUGUUGAAUACUGAGACACAGAUACAUAUAGACACUGUGGAAACAGGGAUAUCCAUUAGAAAGAUGGAAGUUGAGAUCUACCAGCAGAAUUCAGAGAUUGAGGUCCUUAUACAAAAGGUAGAAACAGAGAGCCAUAAAGAAGUGGAAACAGAGUCAUGCCUACCAAAUGUACAAACUGAGGUCCUGGCAGAAAAGGCUGAAGUAAAGAUGGAAGUGAAAAUUUCCACAGAGAGGGCAAAAGCAGACAUUCCUACAGAAAAAGCAAAAGUUCUGACAGAAGAGGUAGAACCAGAGGUUCCUGAAGAAAAGACAAUUGGAAAGGUGUAUAUGCAGGCUUCUGCAGAGAAAACAGAUGCAAAAAUGGAUGUGGAUGCCUCUGCUGCAAAAGUAGUUGAGGUUUCUGUAGAGAAAGAGGCUACAGCGUUCCGUGCAGAAGACAUGGAAGCAGAGGUUGCCGAGGAAGUUGAAAUGAAGGUUUCUGGAGAGAACGUGGAUAUGAAAGACCUCACAGAAGAUACAAAAGUGGAAUCCCCCAUGGAAACAAUUGAAGUCCUCACAGAAGAAGCAAAAGUAGAUAUUCUUUCAGAAAUGGAAGAUGCAAUGGUGAAUACAAGAGUCCUCAUAAAGAACAUAAAUGUAGAAGCUCCUGCAGAGAAGUCAAAAAAAGUAGUGGAAAGAGAAGCUGCUGCCAAGCUAGCAAAGCAGAAGGAGAUUCUGCAGAACAUGGAGACAGAGGACAUGUUUCAAUCUGAGACAGAAGAUACUAUGAAUGCCAUAAUUUCACUUGAAGUUCCAGUUUGUGCAGAGUUACCACAAGCAACUGAGGCAGAUGACAAAUGUAGAGUUACAGUGCAGAGUGGUAUCCAAGAUGUGGCCAAUUCCUUUCAAGUAGAAUAUUUGGAUUCUGUUGGAUCUGAGGGCCCUUUUAGGGAUGAAGUUAAAGGUGCUGAUUUUGCCUUUGAAUUAACAUCAACUGAGCAAGCAGUAAAUGAGGAACUUGUGGAAAGAGAGACAAUUAAAGUUUCAAUAUAUGAACAAGAUGCUGUUGAUUUCAUUCCGAAUUACACAGCAGAUGGCAAAGUCACUUUAGAAUCUCCCAAAACAAAGAAGCUAGAGGAUAGCACAUUUGACUUAGAAUCAGAAUGCACUGAAGAAAUUGUAACUGAGACCUCUCUGCAGAAAGGAAAAAAUAUAUCCUUUAUGGAGAUUGAAGGGGAAGAAUCAAAGAGCAUGGAUAGUGCUGCGUCUGAAAUCCAUGAGAAAAGUGAAAAGGCGAAUGCACUUGCUUUGAAAUCAAAUUUCACAGAGGCUGAAUUAACUGAGAAAAACAAGGCAACAGUGGAGUCUGUAGAAAAUGAUAUUGGAAACACAGAACUAGCAACUGAAUCCAAACACAGAGAAGGAGUAGUAGCUGAGGCUGUUGCAAAGACUGAAGUAGAAGGAGAAAUUGUUGUCUCAGAAUCCAAAGGCACAGGGAGAGUUUCAGAAACCUAUGAGAAAAUACAAGUACCAUCAGAGAAGGUGAUAAUAGUGGAAACAGACAGAUCAGUUGAAAACUCUGAACUAGCUGCUAGUGGUGAUAUACUUUAUGCCGCUCCAAUGCAGCAACAUCUCAAGCAACAGGAGGUUGUCCCUACUGACAUUCCUGAAAUGCAAAGCUAUGAAGCUUAUAAAUCCUCUGUGGUGGUAACAGCUGCAGCAGUUGAAGAGCAGAUCAUUGAAGAAAGUGUAAUUGUUACAGAAACAUCAACAGAAACAUUGCAGUCUUUCUUAGAAGAAUCAAAAGGGCCUGCAUUCAAAAUUGUACAACAGGUGACCUUUGUUCACUCAGGUCUGGGCGCUCCAGGUUCUGACACUGAAGUAGUGUCAUGGACUGAGAAGAGAAGGUCAGCAACUGAGAAGCCAGGUUUGCCAGAUGAUGAUUUGACCCAAAUGCAUGUAUUUGGUUGCACCUCCAAAACGAAAUCAGAACUCAGUCAAGAAAAACAAGUUCAGGCUCCAGAAAGUAGUCCCUCUUUGACACAUCCAGAAUUUCAAAAAGAUGAUGUUCAGCAUGGGACUAUAGAGUCUCAGAGUACCAAAAUUGUACUUAGUAUAAUUCAGAAUGCUGUUGAUAAACUGGAGAAAACAGAAGAGACACCAUCAGCAUCAAGUCUGUGUGAAAAUAAAUCUGAAAUUCAGGAAAGCAUACACACUAAUCAGCAGCUAAUUCCUGUGAAUCUAGAAAAACAUGAGACCCUGACAAAGGAAGAAAAUGUGCCUUGUGAAAUGUCUGAAGAUGGAGGAAGCUGGGACCCUAGAAAGGCAGAUACUGAUCUCGAAGCAGUGAAACACAUGCCACAACCAGAUGAACAUUUGGGUACUGUGACAACACUAGUGCAAGAUCAUGGAACUGUGAAUAAAGCUGAGAAAAAGAUUACAGAAGAGCCAGGAUUGCAAAAAGAAAAUGGUGAAACAAUGCUUGAAUCUGAAAUGGAUGCUGCUGUUUUAACAGAGACUGAAAGAAUGACAGUGGAAGGUAUUGUCUCAGGAGAUCUACCCAAAGAAUCACUUGACAUAGACCAACCAAAGUCAAAGGGUGUAGAAGCUGGUCAGACUGUUCAAAUGCAAAAACCCUUUGUAGAGCAGCAAACACGUGCAAAAAGGAAAGACCGCUCCACAGGACUUGAGGAGACACACAGAGAGGAAGAUGUAAAUGACUGCAUGUCCUGUGAGAGUCUACUGUUAAAAUCAGAGCUCGCUGAAUCUUGAGGUUUAAAUUGCAGCUUAUACUUGCAGGGACCAGUAUAUGAGGAAGGCAGUGAAAGAGAAUGGAUUCUGCAUUACUGAGCUGAAGACCAAUACUUUGGAAUGGUGAUAUUAGACCUUUGCUUUCCAAUGUCAUUCUGAGAAGGCAUCUGACAAUCCUGAGGCACCACCAGGAGCGCAAGACCUUUUCUUUUAAUUUGAUUGUUAACACUCUCUUUUUCACAAUAUUCUUUUUUUUCCUCUGGUAAGUCCCCUGGGGGAAGGUAGGAAGUGUACACCUUUGUCGAAAUUAUAGCGUGGGAAGGAAGUUGCCAUCUUUCAGUCUCUCCCUUUUAUCAGUGCUUCCAAAACUGGAGUGUAAUUCUUUUGUGUAUUUAUGUGUAUAUCUUUAAGCAAAAUCUAAUUUUAAUGUAUAUUUUCUCUUUAUAUGUGGGAAAAAAUUACAAAAUGACCUCCUCAUUUGUCUCACCCAGUAGAAAAAUAGCUGAGUACAUGAAAUCAUAGGGAGGCCCUAUGAGGUGCAGCUAGUCAUAAAUUCUAAUACAUUAGCUUCCUAUUUUGUGGAGGAACCAAGGUUUUGCUUCCAUAGAAGAAUGCUUAUGAGUGAAAGGCACAGUUUGUCUUUGGAAUAGUUGAGACACCAAUUUAUUAGACAGGAGCAGAUUUUCCAACACUUGCUCUGUGCCUAAUGAUGUUUGUGUAAUGUUGAAAAAUUUCAGCAGCUGUCUACAGGAGAAUUAGACACUAAGAAGACUUUCAAUAUUUUUAUAUCUGCCUAAGUCUGUUCUGGAUUGUUGCUCUCAAAUUUAUUUGAAUACAAUUUAUUUUUUCAUGGAACACCUCAGAGAAAGCAGGAUGUCGUCAGAGGUCAAACAAAUAAAUGGCCACUUUUAACAGUUUACCAGCUUUGAGGUAUUACUUCGUUAAACACUGUCAUAUCAAACAUAAAGCAGAACACUGCGUUGGUUUUAACUUAUCAAUAAAUAGAAAAAUAGGGGUUUUUUUUAUUAAGAAUGCUUGCCUGUUCUCGGAACAUACCAUGUCAGAGAAUAAGACAAUUCUUUUCAAAAAGGUUUUGAAGAGCAAAGUAUUAAGUCUGUUUUAUAUUCAUAUCCCUUUGUUAGGAAAGUGGGUUCCAUUAUGCUUAAUUUACUAAUGUGAUUUCUGAAGACUGAUUUUAAAUAAAGACCUGCCUUACACUUGUGCUUCAAUUACAUUUUAAAAGAACCCUCAACGGAGCAAACCUUGACCAGAUGUUCCCCAUGUUGUUAGAUAUAAGACAGCAAGUCACUAUAGGUUAUGCAUAAAAACUGCGCAGGCUUGAAAAGCUAAAUUGUUGAACAGUAGUGAAAAAGUUUAUUCGAUCUUCUAGAAAUCAAGCAGAUCUAGAAAGUCAAGUUCUAUUGCACUUUUAGCCUUCACACCAAUGUAACUGAGCCUGUUGCAUGGUCCAGCAGCUUCACUGUCCUACAUGUAUAGUAUUUAUUUGAAAAGGAAUGAAGUGAGCCAAAUACCUUCUUCUUUUGGGAGCUGCAUAAUGAGUGAAGAAAGUAAAACAUCACUGGUAUUCUAGCUCCAUCUGGUGGUGAUCAAAUACUCCAAGUAGCUUAGAAGCUUUAAAAGAACUCUGCCUAAAACAUUACCUACCCUCUGAUAAAAUGUGGCAGUUAGAAGUUUCUUAAAAUUAAUCUAAUGCUAUAUCUUUGCUAAUAAAAUUACAAACAAUAAUAUGUAAUCUUAUUAGUGUAUCACCACAGGUGCAGUGCUUGAUAAAGGUUUUGGUCUGUAAAAGAUUAAUAUGGAAAGAUGCUUUUCAAAAACAGUCCAUUUUAGCGAGAAGGACAUUGGGUUGACUUGAACACGAGAAAAUUCAGUAGUCUAAUAUAGUAAACCAUGUCAAGUUACAGGCUGCAGAAAGUUUUUAGACAUUUAAGGAUAAGAAAGGUGAAUGGCCAUUUUUGUUAACAUGUAUUUACAACUCCCCUCCCCCAUCGUAGUGACUAUGUAAAUCCACUGAAAUCACAGUAGAAAUGGCCAUUGAAAUGUUGUGGUGUAAUUAUUAACAGUUUUUGUCCCUUCAUUUUAUAGCAUUGCUAAAUUGAAAAUGCAGAGAAUUGUUUUGCCAUUAACUCUACCAACAGGGUCCAGUGAGGUUGAGUUGGAGGCAAUAUUUGAUGGCUGUUGUUAAACAGAACCCAUUUUCUUAUUGGAGGUCAUUGAGAAGACAGUAGGUAUGAAGAAGCUGCAUCAACACCAUGCUGAUGAACCAACAGUGCUUUGUGAAGCCCACACUUGCCUAGUACUGUCCCUGCCAACAUCAUUUAUUUCAGUGUCUUCUGGUAAGAAUGUUGGGGCUGCCUUCCUAUCAGUUGCCACUCAGCAACCACAGCUAAUUGCAGUCUUCUCCCUUGCUGGCAGCUUAGGUGGAUUUAAAGGCAAACCAAACUGUUCUUGCAGUCUUAUUUGUACAGCUGCUAGCAUGUCUCCAAAAACUUCCUUCCCCACCUCCCAUCCUACCUAAUGAGAAAUUUAAUAUCUCUUCAGUCCUAAAUCCAAAAGUUUAUAUAGUUUGUUGGGACUGGGUGUUGGCGUGACAUGUAACAGAGAAAGGUAGCAGGGGAAAAUUAAAUCUGAAACACUUUUACGCCACUUGAGUAUUAGAACUUGGGGACACUCUUUUACCUGUUAAAGCAAAUUAGCUGCUGGACCUGUGAGGCCCACAGAAGUUAUUAUCUCUGAAAAGUAGGUAGUAUGUGUAUGCAAAAUAGUGUGUAGGUCCUUCCAAGAUUUACAAUGCAAUUAUAUGUAGAGAGACUGGAGUAACUCUGCAUAGGUUGUACUGCACGCUUUGUUAUCACACGGAGGCUUAAAAAGGCAUUUGUGGAAAAAUUCAUCUGACAUAAAGAAGCUGGAAGCUUUAAACAAAAAUAUUGGAGUUGGCAUUUAAUAAUCUCCUUCAGCAGAGAAAUUCACAAGUAGGGGGCUUUGUUUAUGAAUCACCUAGAUACAGUCCAUGUGUUUGUCUACAUUGUGUAAAUGUGUAAAAUGUGUAACAUGGUUUGUCUCAAAAUUGAUGAGUUUUCCCUAACGGCAGCUUUUUCUCCUUCCAAUCCUCUCACUUCCCCUUCAAUUUACAACAUUUGUUCUAACAGUGGUUCUUGAUUGCCAAACUUUAGAUUGUUCACUUGUAUUAUGUGUUUUGCAACAGGACUGUCCAAUACAUUUCUCCUGGACUAUUUGAGGCCCUGAAGAGUCUAAGGACCAUGAGCCUUAAAUCUACCCAGGGCUAGAAGAGGAGGGAUGUUAUCAUAGCAUCUGACAGGCUACAUUACCUGGCUGAUGAGCUAUUGAUUUGACAGGCCUGCUUUGCAGCACCAAACAAGUGGGCAACCAGUUGUUUAUGCAAAUUUGCAAUGUCUGUAUGGGAAACCAUACUGCAGUAGCUGCAAUCAAUUAAAAAUAAUUAAAGAUAACAAUGGCAUGGCCUAUAUAAUCCUGGUUCUAAUCUUUAUAGCUCCAUGGCUGUUAGUAAUAUGUAAAGUUAUCUAAACAGCAUUUAAAUAAACCUAGUAAUCACAAUGUAAAUUAUCAGUGGCUAGAAGUUUGGGGAGUUCUUAGUUCUUGCUUUUUUAUAUACUGAUCUAUGGCCUUUCUAAGCAAUGCAAAGAACACAAUCAUAUAACCAAUAUCUCUUCUUGUAACUGACCUGUCUCAAAAAAGCACCAGAAGAAUUUUCUUCUGGUGCAAGGAGCAUGUCUCCAUUCACAAAUACUGCUUUGUUACAGUGUAUUGCUUUGGCCUCAAAAUACUCAGAUGAGGCUGCAAAUUGUAGCUUGUGCCACAACUCCAAGCUUUUGCAGUUUCUUCUAAUCCAAUGUAUUGGAUUAAUUGAUACUUUGAUUUUCUAUGGCGUUUUUAAUGUAGAUUUUUCUUGGACCAAAUAAAAUACAAAACAAAUUAAUUUA